AUGCCGUAUCGCUCCCGUACGUCGCUCGUCACCGCCAACGGUAGCAGAGAAGACAUUCAACUUCCUCUGGCUCCCAUCAGCCCAAGGGUGGAGGCGAGUGCUGAGAAGUUCUCCAACUCAGCGACGACCGUCCCUGUCAGUCCUAUGACUCUCCAAAGCAGCUUGCCCCUCCCUGCGUCAGCUUAUGGAAAAAGGGGGAAAGUGAAGAAGAACGCGCGGGUCAACGCCGGUCUCCGUGUGCAUUGGGCACAGUUUAAGCGGAGGAUAGGGACUGGCACUGCGCCAUCAACAUCUUCCGCUCUUGAGCCAGACGAGAGCGGAGACAGCUACAGCAACGGGAUAGCCCGGCAGAUUGUCCAGAGCGAGGACGAAGAAGGGGUCGACGAGGUCGUCGUCGACCGAGAGUGGUCCGAUGAAAUCAAGAGCUCCUCAAUUACUCAUUCGGAGCAUGGUGGCACCCCGGAGAAGUCGAGCAACCAUCUCAAUGGCACCAACACCGACCGAGAAAGCUUGUCUCUGCAUGGAGAUGGUUUUUGGGCAUCGUGCCAGCUGCUGCUGUGUCUUCGAUGGCGGGUCUGGCCUGUUUUUUACGGGUUCUUCGUGAACAGGUUUAUGGACGAAAAGUCCGAGAUGCACUAUUGCAAGGAAAAUUGGUUCAUGCGGAAGAAUCUGGCGCUAUGGUCAUCCGCCUUCUUAAUCACGAACUGGGCUCUAGCUAUUGGCUUCAUGCAGAAGCCGCCGACGAUUGCAGACAAGAUAUUCUACUAUGGGGUAUCGCCAGCUCUCACGUUCCCCGUGCUACUCUUCGUGAUGUAUGAUUUCCCCAGGGAUCGCCCCCUCUUCUACCAGCUGUGGUUGGUUGUUGCGGCCUGGAUGUGGGCUGUCUACAAUCUCCUAUUUAUGUAUUUUUGCGGAUAUUACGGCUCGCCUGCAGUCCUUAACAAGGGAACGAAGGACUUCCUGACACUCUUCUAUUACACGUCUGCGUUGCAAACUGUCGCCUUGUUUGGCCUUAAAUUGCAUCGCUUUCCGGCUAUGAUCGCUGUUAUCGUCUUCUUUGUCCUGAGCUGCGGCUUGAUUCUCCCAUAUCACCCUUCGUUUAUUCGAAAUCUCGCCAACUUCAUAUCUUUCCAGGUUUUCUUGCUUUACAUACACUAUAUGCGUGAAAACGCUGAGCGAAGGUUGUACACACUCCGGGAUCAGCUCAAGAUACAAUUCCGCGCUACGCAGAAAGCCCAGGUCAAUGAGCGUAAAGCGGCAGACUCGAAACGACGGCUCACGUCAUAUGUUUUUCAUGAUAAGUUUUCAUUGAUCGGGUGUCCUGUGAGAGUGUUUCCUUAUCAUAAUUGGUUUCCACAGGUCCGAGUUCCACUGAACACUGCAUUGCUUGCAGUGCAGAAUAUGGAGGCGUAUGGCUCAGUUGCGAAGGCUCAGGAGAUCGAGUUCAAGGCGCUGGAAGGGAGUUUGAGCAUGAUGUCAAAAGUGUUGAAUGAUGUUUUGGACUUCAAUCGCAUGGACAGUGGGCGCUUCGAGUCUGUCCAUAAGCCAUAUGCAUUCCAUCAAGUCAUGCGGUCUAUGUUCGUUCCAUUGCAGCUUGCUACCGACGCUCGCGGUCUUGAAUUUGUCACGGACUUGGAUCCUCACAUUGACGAGAUCGCGAGGCGUGCUUUGUACGAGGCACUGGGGGAAAGUCAUGGAGCAAUCAAUAAACGUGUCGCUCAGGAUCCUGAAGAAGAUGGCAUUGUUGUUGGCGACGAGACUCGUCUGCGCCAAAUCAUCACUAAUUUGGCAAGUAACGCUUGCAAAUUCACGCCAUCGGGCGGCAAGCUCACCAUCUCGACACGACUGGUCCUUCCGCAACACUCGUGUUCUCUGGACGAGACGUGUACAACUACAGCUGUGGACGAAUUUACUUCAGAUCCAAGGGCGCACUCAUCAGUGUCGCUCAAAUUACCCACACAGUGGGAUUGCAAGGAGGGACAUUCACCUCUGCUGCCGCAUCGGCUGUCAACAUCCCUUCUCACACAGCAUAACACAAUACAUUCUAAGCCCCCGCCGGUCGAGUGGAUAGUGGUUCGCAUUGAAGUGACUGAUACUGGAUAUGGAAUCCGGCCGCAGGACAUGGUGCAGAGCAAGCUCUUCUCCGCCUUCAAUCAGACGGAACAGGGACGGCUGCAGGGAGGGAAGGGCACUGGUCUUGGUCUCGCUUUGGUACGCCAGAUUGUCAAACUCAGUGGCGGGCGACUAGGUGUCAAGUCGAAAGCUAGGCAAGGUUCAACUUUCUGGGUGGAACUGCCGCUGGGCAUCGGCAUGAAAGCGACUCCUGCAUUGACGACUCCCAACUUCUGUGACGAAAGUGAGACACCCUCAGUGAUGACGAAGACAGCAAAGUCAUACGCGUGCGAAAAAGUUGAUUCCGCUCCAGACUCUCCUAACGCGCGUACUCCUGCACUUGGACCUUCGAACUCGUCCUCGGCGUUGCACAGUAUCAUGGAGCAAGGCGGGAUGGUUGAGAUCUCCUCCAAGCGCGGCGAACAACAGCUGGUCGUCACACGGACGAUCGGCGAUCCGUCCACCGGAACCGGCAUUGUGGAUGAUAUCACGCCGCCAGCGGUCCCGGAUACGCCUUCGGCGAUGAAGGAAUUCCCAACGGGGAUGAUGCGACCGAAGCUGUCACAGCUGCCCAAACCACAGACGUUCUCGCUGGAUCCCCCGCUGUCGCCCUCGGCAUGCUCUGCGUCGACACAAGCCACGUCGUCGUCAUGUAUACAGGAGGGACCUCUGCGCGUGCUUGUGGUAGACGACGACCCGCUAACGCGUAAGCUCAUGUCUCGCAUGCUCACGCGGAUCGGGUGUAGGGUGUCCACGGCGGAGAACGGAGAAAUGGCGCUGGAGAUGAUAUUGGGUACGGGACAGCGCGCGACGCCGUCUUCGGAGGACACGGGCAGCGCAGGCUUGUCGAUGGAGGUUGUCCCAGCGCCCGAUGAGCCUCGGUAUGCUGUGGUAUUUUUGGACAACCAGAUGCCGGUGCUGUCGGGGCUGGACGCGGUGUUGAAAUUGAGGGAGAUGGGGAGGAGGGAUUUCGUCGUUGGCGUGACUGGGAACGCGCUCCUCACGGACCAGCAGGAGUAUUUGGAAGCGGGGGCAGAUCACGUCCUGACAAAGCCGGUUCUGGAGAAAAGCCUGAAAAGCAUGCUAGCCAUUGCCGACGAACGUCGAAAACGGGGUCCGCCAGGGACCGAGCAACUAUCCCCAUAG